CGCCGCCCCCCCGAGGCCCGGGCUCGCGACGGCCGAGGGCUCCGUCGGCCCAAACCGAGCUGGGCGCCCGCGGCCCGGGUGACGCCUCCGCUCCGCCCCCCUCAGCACCUUCCCCGGCCCCCGACGUUGCGCCCUUUCCUCGCUUCUCUGCGCUCCCCGUCCCCUCUCCGGCCUCUGGUCCCGGCCCCCUCUCUUCUUCCGCAGCCUUCCCUUUGCUCCCUCCCGCCCCCCCCAGCUCCUUGCCUCCAACUCCCUCCCCUUCCACGCCCGCCCUCUCGCCUUCGCCGUCCCAAAGUGGAUUAAUUAUACGCUUUCUGUUUCUCUCUCCGCUGUUCUCUCCCGCUGUGCGCCUGCCCGUCUCUCACUGUCCUCUCUCUCUCUCGCCCUCUCUUCGGCCCCCCCUUUUCACGUUCACUCUGUCUCUCUCACUAUCUCUGCCCCUCUCUAUCCUUGAUACAACAGCUGACCUCAUUUCCCGAUACCCUUUCCCCCCCUAAAAGUACAACAUCUGGCCCGCCCCAGCCCGCAGACAGCCCGUCCUCCCCAAACAAUCAGACGAAUUUCCCACCCCCCCAAAAAAGCCAUCCCCCCGUUCUGCCCCGUCGCACAUUCGGCCCCCGCGACUCGGCCAGAGCGGCGCUGGCAGAGGAGUGCCCGGCAGGAGGGCCAACGCCCGCUGUUCGGUUUGCAAUACGCAGCAGGGAGGUGGGCGGCCCCUGCGCCGGCUUCCAGACACCAAUGGGGAUCCGAGUGGGAAAGUCGAUGCUGGUGCUGUUCGCCUUCUUGGCCUUCGCCUCGUGCUGCUAUGCUGCUUACCGCCCCAGUGAGACUCUGUGCGGCGGGGAGCUGGUGGACACCCUCCAGUUUGUCUGCGGGGACCGCGGCUUCUACUUCAGCAGGCCGGCGAGCCGCGUGAACCGCCGCAGCCGUGGCAUCGUGGAAGAGUGCUGCUUCCGCAGCUGCGACCUGGCCCUGCUGGAGACCUACUGCGCCACCCCCGCCAAGUCCGAGAGGGAUGUGUCGACCCCUCCGACCGUGCUUCCGGACAACUUCCCCAGAUACCCCGUGGGCAAAUUCUUCCAAUAUGACACCUGGAAGCAGUCCGCCCAACGCCUGCGCAGGGGCCUGCCUGCCCUCCUGCGGGCCCGCCGGGGUCGCACGCUCGCCAAGGAGCUGGAGGUGUUCAGAGAGGCCAAGCGUCACCGUCCCCUGAUCGCCCUGCCCACCCAGGACCCCGCCGCCCACGGGGGCGCCUCUCUUGAGGCGUCCGGCCAUCGGAAGUGAGCCAAAUUGUCGUAAUUCUGCAAAGUGGCACCAUCUACUCGUGACCUCCUCUUGACCGGGACCUUUCCAUCAGGUCCCACCUCUGAAACCUCUGUACCGUCCUGUCUGCGGGCUCCCCCGACCUGGCCUCCGUGCCCCAACCUCCCCACGUCAGGCUGGUCUCUCCUCGGCCCCCUCCAUCGGGCUAAGGGAAUCACAACAAAAUCUUUAAAAAUGUACAAAACCAAUUGGCUUUAGCUCUCUCUCCCAAAUUAUCACCCCCAAAUUACACAACCAAAAUUGCAUCACAAACGUGUCGGCCCCCUUGAAACGAAUUGGCUUCUUAGCAACACCAGAAAAGCUAACUAGCUUUCCAGAAAACCCUAAAAAAAAAAAAUCAAUUAGCUGAAAAAAAAUACUAAAAAUAAAUUGGCUUCAAAACAAUUGGCAAAAUAAAAGAAUUUGGCCCCC